GUGCUGCGCCGGAAGGAGAAUGGCGGCGCCGGCGCUGGGCGCGCUGCUGCUGCUGGGGGCGGCGGCGGUCGGCGGACGGGAGGUGUCGAUGCAGUACAACCCCGGCUGGAACGGUUCCUCAGUCAACGUUCUGCACGUGCGGGCGGUGGGGCGCAGCGAUGCGCUGCAUUACGUGUGGAGCACCAUCGGGGCCCCCUCGGUGCUGCUGGUGGCCACGCGCAGCCCCGACAGCGCUCUGUCCAUCGACUGGGGCCGUCUGCUGUCCCCCGCGCCCACCGGCGCCGUGUGGAUCGAUCCGCCCGGCAGUGUGGUGUAUGCAGCUGCUGUCGUCUUCACCAAGCUGUUUGAGUACAGCAACGCCAACGCAUCGGAGGAGGUCUUCUACCCCACGUACGAUCUGUCGGACUUCUCCUGGGACAGCAUCAACCGCACCAUGAACCACACGGCGCUGACGGCCGAACUCCGGGGCGUCCCCACGUCCGACUCCAGCGGCAGCUUCUCCAACGGCAGCCUGGCGUUCCGGGUGACGGCUUACGAGAGCGGCGGGCGCGACGGGGCCCUGCCCGGCCUCCUGCACACGGCCAACAGCUCCAAAGUGGAGUUCGUCCUGGCCGGGGCGGCCCCGCGGGGCAACGGCUCGCGCUUCGUGCUGGAGGUGGCCACGGUGGAGGAGAGAGGAGCGGCAUCCAGGCUGCGCUCGGUGCGCUCCAUCGACGACGAAUACACCCCCACCAUCUUCGAGACGCUCUCCCUCGUAGCGGAGUCCCCAAACGACAGCUCCCCUCUCAGCUUCCUGCAGUGGAAGGCGACGGCGUACGGCUCACAGCACCCAACGCGUGGGGACGGCAUCCGGUGCCGUGCGGGGGGGCUGCGUGCUGCCGGCGGGACCCGGCCCCCCUCCGCCAUCGUCCGCGCGUACUUCGGGGACGGAGCGGGCAGCGCUUACAGCGUCAGCGCCAUCAACGUCUCCUUCGGCGGGGAGGAUGGCGGCGCUUACCAGGAGAGGCGCUACCUGAGCUGGUCGGCGCUGCUGGGCUUUGGGCUGCCACCUGAGGACGCUUUUUCUCCCCUCAUCGUCUCCAUCGUGGCCGCAGCGUUGGGCGCUCCGCUGCUUCUGCUCCUGCUGGGCGCCGCCGCGCUGCUCUGUGCCCGGAGGAGACCCUACAGCGAAUACGAGCCCAUCAACUGAGCGGCGCCGCUCGGCCCGGGGAGCGAUCGCGGCUGCUGCGGGAAACACAGCGCCGCUGUCUCCUCUUUGUCUUCGCUUCUGGGGGCGCGCGGGGCAAGGUGGGCAGUGGGGCCCUCCCCCGUGCCGCUGUGCCGCGCUCCGUGCUGCUGCCUGCACUGACGGCGGUGCUUCCUUUCUUCCUGCUGCACACUGCCGGGGGCUGACAGGGCAGCGGGUCCGGGUGAUCCCGGUCAUCGUCCUCAUCCUCAUCCUCCUCCUGGGGGAGGGCACCUCGUGCUGCCCGGCCUCACCGAAGGCUGCUGCUAUGAGGGGGAACUCCGCAGCGCAGCGCAGCGACUGCUUCAGCUCAGGUCCCGGCAGAGCCUUCAGGAGCCCCCGGGUCACAGCCGGAGCUGCUGCCCUUCCGCGUGCGGCGAUGGUUGGUGGCGGUGCUGCCCCGUUUCCACGUCCUCAACCACUGACUCAUUUCUGACCAAAUAAAAGGGAUUUCUAAGA